AUGGCGACGGCGACGGCACCGGCGGGCGACGCGAGCGACGCGCCGCGCGCGAGCGACGCGCGCGACGAGGACGAGGAGGAGGAGGAGACGUGCGGAUUCUGCAAGUACAUGAAGGGCGGGUCGUGCCGCGCGGCGUUCGCGGCGUGGGAGGCGUGCGUGGACGCGGCCAAGGCGCGGGACGAGGAUUUCGUGGAGACGUGCUUCGAGACGACGUCGGCGCUGCGGGAGUGCAUGCUGCGCGAUCCGGAGUAUUACGGACCGAUGACGGGCGAGGAGGGCGAGCGCGCGGAGGGCGCGGCAGAGGCGGAGGCGGAGGCGGAGACGGAGACGGAGGCGGAGGCGGAGGCGGAGGCGGAGGCGAGGGCGCGCGCGGCGGCGGCGGACGCGAGGGAGGUCGCGGUGGAGGCGGAGGCGAGGGCGCGCGCGGCGUGA